CCCAGUCAAGCGCUGGGCUAAAUUUAAUUAACGCAGAAUUUAUGUUACAAGUUAACGUAUUAGUUUUUAGCCCCAGUCAAUUUAAUUAGCGUAUUAUUGAGCAUACGAGUGAUCCCUAAGCUUAAAUUUAAUUCUAGCAUUAAUUCUACUUUAAUUAACGUAUAGUAAAUUUAAUUAACUUAAAAUUCUGGCAUUAAUAUCAAAUUUUCAGUUUCGAUCCUAGUACGUUAAUCAAAUUUAAGCUUUCAUUUUUACAAGUUCAUCUUCAUUUAUAUAGUCUUGGUGCAGCAAAUUAUAUAAUUCAAAACCAAUUUUCCAUAAAAGUUUAUACAGUAGCUUUAUUGCCAGAGUCAUGGCUAUCGAAGUCACAGUCAUCUCUACAGAUACUAUCAAACCAUCUUCUCCAACUCCACACCACUUGAAAACCCACAAGCUUUCCUUCCUAGAUCAGCUCCAUCCUACUAUCUUUAGUCAUGUAGGACUCUUCUAUCUCAUGGACAACCUUGAUGUUUCCGAGGCGGUCACCGAGUUAAAGCAAUCCCUAUCGAAGGCCUUAACUCUCUUUUAUCCUCUUGCGGGAAGAAUCAAUGACGACCAACUAUCCAUUGAUUGCAACGAUGAGGGUUUGUAUUUCUCUGAAGCCCGGGUUAAUUGUCUUCUCUCAAAUUUCCUGCUAAAGCCUGACCUCGACUUGUUGAACCAUUUUUACCCGUGCCAUCCCACGAAAAUCGAGCCCUAUGCAAGAAUUCACCCGGUUAUGAUUCAAGUUAAUGUAUUUGAUUGUUCCGGGAUUGUCAUUGGUUUGUGCCUUUCGCAUAUAGUUCUUGAUGGUAUAUCAACUAGUACAUUCCUCAAAGGUUGGGCUGCUUGUGCUCGUGGUUGCGUUGAAAGUGUACGUCCUACUUUCAACGCGGCUUCUCUUUUCCCGCCAAACGAUCAACUUCCAAUGGACUCGAUAACCUUCUUGGCAAAAUCCAUGAUCAAAGUGGGUAAUUGUGUGACGAGGAGGUUUGUCUUCGAUUCCUCAGCAAUAUCAACCCUCAAGAGUAAAGCUGCUAUUGGCUCGGGCGUGCAGUACCCGUCUCGUGUUGAAGUUGUGACCGCGUUCGUAUGGAAAUCCACAAUGGCCAUUUCCAAAGCGAGCUCUGGUUUUCAAAAGCCGUCUUUACUAUCCCACGCAGUCGAUUUACGUAGAAGAAUGGUGCCACCAUUGCAAGAAUACUCCAUAGGGAAUCUUCUUUGGAUACCAAGAACACAAUGCGCAGUCCACGAUGUGAUAGAGCUACCUUCUUUGGUUGGCAAAUUGAGGGAGACGAUCAAGAAUAUCGAUGGAGAUUUCGUGAAGAGACUACAAGGGGGAGAAGGGUUGUCGAUGAUUUCGGAGAAUGUGAAAGAGAUGGUUGAUCUGUGCUCCGGCGGUCCGGUGGACUACUAUGGGUUCACAAGUUGGUCCAAGUUUGGGAUCUAUGAGACUGAUUUUGGGUUUGGAAAACCUGUGUGGCUUAGCAGUCACAAGAUAAGUGGGUCAAUGUUCAUGAAUUUGGUUCAUAUGUUGGAAACAAGAGAGGGUGAUGGGAUUGAAGUGUGGAUUACAUUGGAUGAAUCUGAGAUGAACAUGUUAGUAGGUGAUCAAGAGUUUCUUGCAUUUGUCUCUGUGGAUCCAAGUCCUAUUGAUUGAUCAGCAUCAGUAAAUUGAAGGUGGUACUAAUGUAUCUUGUUUGGUCAGUGAUUUGUGAAAUCAGACCACCAUGGAAAUGGAUUGGACAGGAGAGAAGUUUUCUCCAAACAAUAAGUCUAAGUGCACAUAAGCUGGAUACAAAACGUGAUACAAAUGUCUCAUAAGGGGUAGGGCCUGCAUCAUAUGGGAGUCAUACAUGAGAUCCACCCUUUAUUAGUAUCUGUGUUUCAUUUUGUGUUCCUAACAUUGCUGUUCUCCUAAUAUAUAUAUAUAUAUAUAGUGUAUGGUUUGA